AUGGCGCCUCUUGCUCAUGACCCUUCGGGUUUUCUCAUGGAGCCGCCGGAGGGACAGACGAGAACUCUUGUGAAUCCUCCGAGCAGUGGGAGCGGAGUUAUUCCUUGUGGUGUUACGACGACGAUCAUUGCUUCGAUUAUUGUUAUUCUGAGGGUUUUCACGAGGAGAUAUGUGGUUAAGAGUGUGUUGGGUGCUGAUGACUCUAGUCUCUGUUUCUCUUUCAUCUUUCUCGGCAUCUCCUUAACACUUACAGUUCUCAACCUUGGUGCUGGAAACCACAUGUGGGAUAUCCCAGUGGCCGAAUACGUUCCCAAGUUCUGGCAGACCAGCAUCGGAGCUACGCUCACAUACGCCACCAGCAUUAGUCUUGCCAAACUAUCUGUCCUUACCUUUUAUCUUCGAAUAUCUCCCGACAGAUUCGUCCGUCGAGCCGUCCAUGUCUUGAUGGCACUUGUCUGCUCGUACACUUUCGUUUACAUCUGCCUGGUCGUGUUCCGAUGCCAGCCUGUGUCUUCAGGAUGGGACCUCGCCAUCGAGGGAAAGUGUAUUGACAUGGAUGUUCUUGUUAUCUUCCUGGUAAUCUGCAGUGUUGUCAUCGACACCUUCGUUCUUCUUCUUCCGAUCCGCAUCGUUCAGCCUCUACAGAUCCCUACCCGUCAAAAGGUCUCACUCGCUGUUCUCUUCGCCACUGGAGGCUUCAUCAUCAUCGUCACAAUCAGGAGGGCUACAAUCACUCUUCCCAUCUUGGACGCACCCGAUUACACAUGGGCUCUUCCACGCCAACUCGUCUUGAGUUUCAUCGAAGUCAACACCAGCAUCGUCUGUGUUUCUAUCCCCGCCCUCAAGCCUUUUUGCGUGCGAUACAUUCCCUUCCUCAUCCAUCCUCGUCUUCGUUCGCAGGAGAAGAACUCAAAGAAGUCCAACUCGCAUAGUCAAGAGAAGCGCAAGAGUCACACUCUCGACAAUGAUUCAUAUGAGAUGCCCGAUAGACGUGACUUUGGCGAAGAGAACCCUCAAGAAGAUGAAGCACGUCUUUGUCCUACAAUACCAGAGCACAAUCCCGCUCUUGAGUCAGACGGAGCCAUGGAUACCGAGAGCCUUGACAGCUCAGCCGACCAAGUACCUCCAGUAGCCGCCAAGCCAAAGCCUGCUUUGGCCAGUUUCUCAACCAAGCGCAGUCAGAGCGUCAAUGGUAUUCAAGUCACCCGGGAAACAGUCAUUACCUACGGACCCAUAGAGUAA